UUAGAUUCCAAGACGUCUGGAGCUCGUAACUCCUGAUAUCAUGAAUGCCUUCAGCACUUGGAUUGUUAGUAUAUAUAGGGCAUGCAGCUGCACUCAUUAGUUCACCCAAGUUCACAUUUCAAACUAAGUUAGCUUGCCCAUACCACAACCUAUUCUUACUCAAUUCCUGAAGAUUGUUAAUCACCACUAAACCAUGUCAGAGGCACUUGCCAUAGGACAUGUUGUUGGGGAUAUUUUGGACCCAUUUGUCAAAGCAGCAUCACUAAAGGUUAUAUACAACAGCAAGGUACUAACCAAUGGGUCUGAGCUCAAGCCAUCACAAGUAGCAAAUGAACCAAGGAUUGAAAUUGCUGGGCGCGACAUGAGGAACCUUUACACUCUGGUGAUGGUGGAUCCAGACUCACCAAGUCCAAGCAACCCAACAAAAAGAGAAUACCUUCAUUGGUUGGUGACAGACAUCCCAGAAUCAACAAAUGCCAGUUACGGAAAUGAAGUUGUCAGUUAUGAAAGCCCAAAACCAACUGCAGGAAUACAUCGCUUUGCGUUUGUACUCUUCCGUCAAUCUGUCCAGCAAACUAUAUAUGCACCAGGAUGGAGACAAAAUUUCAAUACAAGAGACUUCUCAGCACUUUAUUCUCUUGGACCUCCAGUGGCAGCAGUGUUCUUCAAUUGCCAAAGGGAGAAUGGAUGUGGAGGCAGGCGGUACAUCAGAUAA